AAUUGUGAAUACCAACAAAGCACGGCGCUCUCUUGGUGGGGACUUUUUGAAACAGAUAUCAACACCGUUGAAUGCACUUCAGUGUCUGUAUAUUAUACCAGUGGAAAGAAAAGUAUGACAAUUACAAAUGAUGCGCACAAAACCAUAUGUAAAGCAUUCAUCAGAGGAAAAGAUGUAGAUAGAAUCAUAGUUGAUAGUCUUUGCAAAGCAAAUAAGUCAGCAGUGAUCCAUGGUGCAGAGCAAAUUCUGAAGGAGGAAUCUCAUAGGACAUGUAAGAGAGGAAAUUCCCUGUUGCAGAGAAAAGACUAUCACAACUUCUUUGGUUUCCACUGGAAAGCUAUGUAUGAUGACCUGAACCAAACAUGUCCUUCACUUCUUGCGAUACUGUCAUCAGUAGUGUGUGACAUACCACCUGCUCCUCCUAGUAAACCAUUUUCUCACAUCAUGUUGUCUGCAGCAGUGGCACUACAUGGCAGGAAUCAGGAGAUGUCUCUGAUGCAUUAUUUUACUGGGUUCAUCCUUACACAUGGAGGCUGUACACAACGGGAUAUCGAGAGGCUGUCAAAGUUAGGAUUAAGUGUCCAUCCACAAACCAUUCACAAGAAAUUUGUCAGCUGGCAAGAUAAUUUAGACAUGGAUUUGAAAUCUAUUAAAGAUUCAUGGGCAGAAGGUGGUCACACGAAGUACCAGAUCAUAGGUGACAACUGGGAUAAGAAUAUACUCCCAUCUUACAGAACUUCAGAUAGAAAAACCCUCUCACUUCACCUCUUCAAUAUGUAUGCCAUUGUGGAUAGGGUAGUGCCAGCAUUUUCAACAGACUCUCAGACAGAGAAUAGACUAGAACAUGACAUUUUGAAAUUUAUACCAUCUACCCAAGAACAGGAGCUACUAUUAAAGGAAAUGACCUUCCUCUGUGCAAGAUCUCUCAUUCAAAACUCGCCACAGAUUGGAAAUCUCUUCAACAAAAUAUAUCCAGAUCAUCUUGAGCACAAGUACAGUUGCUUUGCUGGAUUGAAGACCACUCAGUAUCCACUUGGUCUAUACGACUGUAACGAGACCAAAACUGCAGAUGUUAUCCAGUUGCUGAAGAACAUAACAGACAAGUAUGUGCCAAUGAAAGAUGAUGAAAUUGUGGAACCUGUAUUUUUUGGAGGAGACCGACUCACUGACGAACGAGUGCAGGGAGCUCAAAGAGCAAUGGGCAAUGCAGAUUCUGCGAAAGAGAGACUUAAAGGGUUCAUUUCAAAGACAGAGGAUUUUCAUCGUCUCAUGAAUUUCUUAGAGGCAAUACAUAAGAUGACGUUCAGUACAGGAAGUGCCAGUGAUCCUGGAACUGUUUACUAUUAUAGAAAUCUCUUAAACAUGAGGAACGUCAAAGGAAAAGUAAAGAAUUCGUACAGACCACACAAAAUGCUGUACUAUACCAUUUUGGAUGGUAUAAUCAUGACACUUUUCUAUGAUCAUUUUGGGUUAAAUGAUUUUAAUUGCAAAAUUCCUGUGCCAGAAAAUUUUCAGCAUUUAACAAAGGAGGAGAAAUUGCAUUGGCUGGAUGACAUUUGUGAGGGAAUUAUAAGGAAAUGGUUUUUUGAUGAUGGCACAGAUGUUUGUAAAUCAAUAAGAGAAGUGCUUUCAGACCCGAAUCAUCCGGAAAAUUAUUGGACUGAAAAUAUAAGUGGUGGACGAAUUAAAUGUCAUUUCUGUGAUAAGGAUUAUGCUUUUAUUGGCUCAUUACAGUCUCAUGAAUCAAAAGUCCAUAACGUUGUUGUGAAGAAGGAUAAGAAGAUGAAGAAAAGAAAUGAUUCAGAUGAAGUACAGGACUAUAUUUCUCUCCUUUUCAAAUUAACUUUGUUGCACAAAAAUCUCGAUACCGCUGUAGAUAUGGGAGACGGGGAACGUUCAGUAAGAUCUACCAAGUAUGAACUGCCCAUAUAUAACAGAACAAACAAACUUAAGUAUGUGAUUGGUUCCAUUCACUUAUCAGCUUUGACAUCUGGAGUUCUUGCAGAGGAGCAGUGUGAGCGUUUAGUAGCAAAUCGGUUUGUCAAUGUUCAAGGAGGGCGAAACAAUAAUGUAGCUUUGGACGAAUACCUCGAGUUAUUGAACAGGGAAAGCAAAAUCGCUUGCUCAGGACAUCAGACGAAAAACAGUAUUAUAGAGCAUUCAAAGGAAUAUCCCCAUUUGGUUGGAUUUGUGCAACAUCUAAAGUCAAUCAAUGAUAUGAACCCAAGGAAAGGAUUUCAUCACCUACCAAAUUACCAGGAGGAUGUUAAAAAAGUGGCCAUGGACUUGGUGAAAUACAAGGUACUGUGUAGCAUUCCAAAACGUAAAUUAAAAUGCAGGUGCGUUGUAACAGACAGAAAUCCUUUCGAAAACUGCCACUCUGGACUUUCAGAAAUGAUUCAUCGUCACAAACCAAGCUUACCUUACAGGCGUGUUCGAAGUCAUCAUAUUUAGCUGCAGUAUGAUGAUUGUGCAUUGUAAUACAGGGAUUUAAAUGGGUGCACGUUUGUGUUCCUUUGAUCAUGUAUACUGAUAAGUGCAUCUAAAGUAAAAUGUUUGUGUCACA